AUGGUAAAAGCGAACAUGAUCACGUGGGAGCACUGCAUAAAGCGCAUAAUAGUUUCGAUUUGGGAACAUUUAGACCAAAAAACUCGAGUUGAUUGGAGCCAACAAAACCAGUUGAAGAUGAAUGCUAGUGGCCAAGCCUCACAACUUGCUAUUGUAGUAACCGAGAAGGUCAAAGACAUAAACCAAGCGCUGGUCAAAGUGAAAGAAGGUUUACAUUCUGUCAAGGUAUCGCAGAUUGACGCUACUCAGGUUCAACGUGAAAUAGAAGGCGAGCUGUUCGACAAAUGGCACGAGGCUUGCGAGGUCAUGGAAGCCAAGCAAAUCAGCAUCGAAAAGAUCCCAAGUUUCCUUGAUCGUCUUCGAGACGCAUACGAAGGUAUUGACGCGGACAUGAGAAAGAAAAUGAACGGAAUCCAUUGGUCAGCGGAAUGGGCCUAUAAGAUCAUAGAGUUCAAGUAUAAUGCUGCUAGCGAUUCUGGUGCUAGGUAUGGGAUGAUCGCGUUUGGGAAGACAAACGAUGGCAAGUUCGUCGACUGCAUGUACUGCCUGUACAAGCUUGACUUCAAGAUAGCUCUAGAACGCAUUGUCACAACCAAAGAGCAUUCAUGUUUUUGGGGACUGAUUAAAUGGCAGACAGUAGACGUACAAAAUCGGGAAAGAUUGUUAGGCGGGAAGUCGCUUAAACGAAUCAAGAAUUUCUACAGGUUCAAAGCAUUGGAAGGGUUUUACCAUGAGGGCCUGAUUGACCGCAUCAAUGUUGUUCCAUCCAUUGAAGAUGUGUCUGAUUAAGAAAACGAUUUCUGGUUAACGAAUUUUAGACUGUAAUAACUAUAUUGAUUGAUAGGUCCAGAGCCAGGUAGUGUAGUAUUAUAGCGAGGGAAGGCGUGAUUUUUUUUGUAGAAAACAUUAACAUGUUUUCAUAAGAUGAGCUAGAAUUGCAUGCAACUCUUGGCCUUUAUGAAUAUUUGUAUCUGGUAGUGUGAAAAAGUUUUUUAAUAUCUCCGGUAUUCUUUAUAUCAGGGACAAAGACUGUGAUGAAGGGAAAAGGAAAGGAAAAUAAAUACGAUUGUCUGCGCUA